AUGAGGGAGCGCGAGCUACGAAAAUUUCUUGUGGCUGGCGAGCCAGCUAUUAAUAUCUGGGCCCCAGCGGUGGGCUGCUCUCAUCCACUCAUCCCUCAUCUCUCUCCUCUAUAUCAUCUCUCACCUCUCAUUUUUGGGGCACGGGGCACGGCGCGGCCUUCUGGGAAGGCAGCUGCCUUGCGGGCGGCCGGCGAGCGCGGCGGCCCGGGGGCGCGGCGAGCGCGGAGCCUCUGGAGCCGACUGGAGCGGCGGCCGGGGGACGCGGCGAGCCGGCGAGCGCGGCGGCCCGGGCCCGAGGCGCUGUCAGAGUACGCGAGGGCGGGGUGGGCGCUGGUGCUGUUCGAGAUCGGCGACCGCGACCAGUCCAUCGCCGAGAUGGAGCACGUCUCCAUCGCGCUCAAGGGAUACCCAGAGAUCCACGCGGCUUGAGCGGCGGCGCGCGGCGUGUGCGGCGGGUGGCCGGCGGCUGGAGCGGCGGCGCGCGCGGACGCGGGAGCGGCGGCGAGGCGCGGCGACGGGAGCAGCGGGCAGCGGGCGACGUGCUCGACUUUUUUUUAUUUUUUAAUCUAUUACUACUGGAGACGGGUGAUGGGUGACUCGCCAGAAAUCGAUUUCUAGGCACGGACGGGUAUGUUACCCGCCCUUGUAAACAGUUAUUUUUAGCUGCGGAAAACAGAGACGGGUGUGGUGUCCGCCACUACAAAUGUCAUUUCACCUGUCCCUAUAAACCUUUUAUGUGGUAGUGGGUUCUAAAUUAUAAGUUAUUUUAGUUUUUCUAAA